CCGGGGUGUCCCCGAUGCAACCACUCCAGUCUCCACCGCCGUCACGCUGACGCCGGGCAGCCGGGCAGCCCUCGGCCAGCUGUAAAACUCAAAACAAACUUAACAAUUGGUUCAGCCAAACGAUCACUUCACUUUUUUGGCCUACGAGGAGGAACUCGACACGGGAGGCGAAUAGCGUGUACCAUAGACAAAGAAUUUGCCAACCAUCGGGUUUUCAUUGGCCUUUUGGAGCGUCGGGCGAACAGAUGAACAGCGCCUCAACCUUCAAGACCACCCUUCAUCUCGUCAAACGCGCUGUUCAGGUGACCGCAGGCGUCAGUCUGUUUAAGGACAAAGUCGGAGAUCUCCGAUGGUGCGAAGGAGGAUCGAUGCUACCGACACUGAACGUGACAGGGGAUCUACUACUGCAAAUCCCGCUUUCAUCGGUUUUGAAUUACAGCCUACGCGGAGACCGAGCGAGGACAGCGAAGAAGACAGCCGAAGCCGAGCCGACGACGAGUCGGCUGAACUUGAACCGAGGCGACCUGGUCAACUUUGUCUCGCCUUCGAACCCGUCCGUGUUGGCUUGUAAAAGGAUCAUCGGACUGCCAGGGGAUCAGAUCCUCGUCGACGAUCUCCCUCAUCACUUCAAUCAAAUUACUGCUGAUUCGAUCCUCCAUCCAGAACUCGACUACCAGUACUCUCAUAAAUCUCUCCUUACUAUCCCUCAGGGUCAUCUGUGGUUACAAGGCGAUAAUUAUGCCGUUAGUAUCGAUUCGCGUACUUAUGGCCCCGUGCCUAUCGGCUUAGUCUCCGGUAAAAUCGUCGCUCGGGUAUGGCCAAAUUUUACUUGGUUAAGUCGACCAUUUGUAUACAAAUAGAUAAUCUGAAAAAAAUAAUCCUAAUUGAGCAAACAACACACCUUGUAUUCAGAUUCCUCUUACUGCACGUUCGAUCUUCAUAAUAUUCUCAUAUGAUUUGAUUGGGAUGGAAUUUUUC